AUUGUUUGUCAUUUCCGCUUUUUGCAGUUCACACCGCCCCCGAUAGACAUCCACCCGCCACCAAGAUGCCGAUCGAGGAGGAUUUUGGGGACGAUGUUCGUGCUCUUCUAUCCUUGGGAGGCGUCAUUUGGGAAAGCUUUUUGACUGGUUGGCACAGGAUAUAUUUGAGAUUCUUGAUAUUGAUCAAUUGCAAAAUCAUGGUAUGGGGGAGGAGCUCUGUGAUUGAGUGUAGAUGAUGUGCUGAUGUGGGUAGGGAUUGGUGCAAGCGAUAUUUCGAAAUUAAAGGCGUCGGGUUACUGGACUAUUUCUGUAUGCUUUUGCGUUUGCCUGGCAAUCUUGGGGGGGGGGGGGGGUUCUGAUGGUGGUUUAGUCUGUUUGUGCGGCUACUAGGAGGAAUCUAUCCAAGAUCAAAGGUUUGAGGUGAAUCCCGACUGGCUCGGAUCAAGGGGUGCUGAAUUUAUAGGUUUUUCCGAGCAGAAAACCGAGAAGGUCAAGGAGGCAGCGGGCAAAUGCGCUGUAGAAAUCCCACAUCCUUACCCACCUGCCCCAAGUUUUCACCCAACUGACCGAUAUAGCCCCCAUCCUACAAUUUCAUAACGGCUUCCGAGCUGGGACAUAUCCGCCGCAAAGUCUGCCGCAUCUCAACCGGCAGCAAGUCCUUCGAUGCAAUGUUGGGCGGCGGCAUUCAAACAAUGUCUAUAACGGAAGUGUUUGGAGAGUUCCGCACCGGAAAGUCCCAGCUCUCUAUGACCGCAUCCGUCAUCUGCCAGUUGCCGAAAGAUCACGGAGGAGCAGAGGGGAAAGUGGCAUAUAUUGACACCGAGGGAACAUUUAGGCCGGAAAGGAUUAGACAGAUUUCUGAUAGAUUUGGGGUCGAUGGAGAAGCGGCGUGCGAAAAUAUCAUCUACGGACGGGCGCUGAACUCCGAGCAUCAGAUGGAGCUCUUGAAUGGGCUUUGCCAGAAUUUUGCUUCAGGGGAAUUUAGGCUACUGGUUUUUUUUUGCAUUUUCGAUCCUCGUAUGCUUGAUCGAUUGAAUUGAAAAUAACUAACCAUUGGAAAAGAUUGUCGAUAGUAUCAUGGCCUGCUUCAGGGUUGAUUAUUGUGGGAGAGGGGAGCUAUCCGAGUAAGUUUGCUCCAUAGCUUAUGUGGUGGUUUUUCCUAACGGGGUCAGGCGUCAACAAAAACUUGGCCAAAUGCUUUCAAAACUCUCUCAUAUGGCCGAAGGUUUACAAUAUCCCCCCUGAGAUUGAGGCAAUAUACUUACGUGGGUAGAAUUCAAUGUCGCCGUUCUGAUGGUGAGUGAUUUCGCUGCUGGACAGCUCCGAUAUGUUGUCUCAGAUCACCAAUGGUGGGACAGACAAACCAAGUCCAGAGCGAUCCUGGCGCAAGUGCUCUCUUUGCUGGAGCUGAUGGGUAAGUGAAUAUCUGCGUAUGGUUUUUUCUGCCGAUUCCGAGGUAGUGGACUGACUGACGAUUGGUCGGUAGGCGUAAACCCGGUUUGUGGUCAUUGAUACCCCUAAUAACAUUGCCGAGUGCUCGGGGGGAGCUAAUAUGUGGGUAAUUUUGUCGCUGAAUAGUUGGCGGGUAAGUAUAUUCGGUUUUUUACCCUACGAUUGCAUUAUCUGACUUCAUUCUUUGCAAGGCAUGUCCUUGCUCAUGCCUCUGCAACGAGGAUUCUCUUGGUUUGGGCCUUGCCGUCCUUGGUGCGCAUUUGCUCACUUUUGAGUAGCGCAAAGGCCGGGGCGAAGAGCGUGUCGCCAAACUCCAGGAUAGUCCGGACUGCCCAGAGCGCGAAGCUACUUACAUAAUUACUAACGGGUUUGUACAUUUUUGGAGCCUAACUUGUUGGAAAGUGGUUACUAACCCUACUGCGGCACCAAAGGGGAAUAUCCGACCCAGAGGGUACCAAGUGAUGCCAUUUCGGCUUACUGAUCAAGAGGCGGAAGGACCGGAUAUGGGGGAAAGGGUUGCUUCAUUGUCCUUCUUGGGAAUUAGGAUUAGGUACCGGGAGUUUGGAUGAGAUACAGUGACACUUGGUGCUUGCUAUUUGUUGUUAUUGUUGGUGCAGCAUGACGGCAUGUGGGUUCUGCUGCACUUUUAGACUAAUAUUCCGCUUUAAUAUAACCAUGGACGAUCUUGCAUUGAUUUGCAUGAUCAUUGCUGGAUUGGGAAUUGUGAUUUCACUGGCGGACAAGAGUCCACCUUAUCGCCAGAUUCUUAUCUGGUGUGGUGGCGUUUUCUUGUGGUAGUGAUGGCUGGGAUAAAGAUUUGUUUCUUUUUCGAUAUCAGAAUCAAAUUGUUCUUGCAUU